AUAAUCUUCAUUACAACUAGCUCUGUUUUGCAAUCUCCCAUUCCAAUGUCUGUGCUGAACAAAGAUUUCUUCUUUAAACAGAAUUGUCAAAGAUUUAUGCCUUCAAGAAACCUCAUUCUCAUGCCAUCUCUCAUUCGUGAAAUGUCCAUAUCAUAUGGAGACCACUUGUAUAGAUAUUGCCAAAGACUUUCUCGUAGAGCAAUUUGCACGUAGUGUUUAUGUGGCUCUUCUCCAAUGGAAAGCCAGUCUUCACAACCAAAGCCAAUCUCUCCUUUCUUCCUGGGUCGGCAUCAGCCCUUGCAUUAACUGGAUUGGAAUCACCUGUGACAAUUCUGGAAGCGUCACCAAUUUGACACUUGAAAGUUUUGGUUUGAGAGGUACGCUUUAUGAUUUAAACUUCUCAUCCUUCCCCAAUCUUUUUUGGCUUGACCUUGCUGAUAAUUCUCUCUCUGGUUCCAUCCCUUCUUCUAUUGGAAACUUGAAAAGUCUAUCUGUGCUUUAUCUUUCGGAUAACAAACUUUCUGGUCCCAUCCCUUCUUCUAUUGGAAACUUCACAAGCCUAUCCAAGCUCAGUCUUCAUAGUAACAAACUCUCUGGUUCUAUUCCUCAAGAAAUUGGGUUGCUAGAGUCUCUCAAUGAACUUGAGUUGUCAAAUAAUGUUUUAACCAGUAGAAUCCCUUAUUCCAUUGGAAAAUUAAGAAAUUUAUCUUUCCUUGGUCGUGCUAAGAACCAACUCUCUGGUCCCAUCCCUUCUUCUAUUGAAAACUUGACAAGCCUAUCUGACCUCUAUCUUUUGGAUAACAAACUCUCUGGUCCCAUCCCUUCUUCUAUUGGAAACUUGACAAGCCUAUUCAUGCUCGUUCUUUGGGAAUCCCUUAUUCCAUUAGACAAUUAA